GUUAGAGCCAACAAGGUGCACACACAUCCUUGCAGCGAGCGUCUCCCCAGUACAACUAGAGAGACCCGUUAUGGAUAAAGAUUACGUUGGCUUUGCUACCCUGCCCAGCCAAGUCCACAGGAAAUCGGUGAAGAAGGGAUUUGACUUCACCCUGAUGGUAGCAGGAGAAUCUGGACUGGGAAAAUCCACUCUUGUCAACAGCCUUUUCUUGACAGAUCUGUACAAGGACCGGGUGCUUCCAGACACACAAGACAAGAUCCCCCAGACUUUGGAGAUUGUCAAACAUGCAGUAGAUAUUGAAGAAGCGGGGGUGAAAGUGAAACUGACAGUGAUUGAUACCCCAGGAUUUGGGGAUGCAGUGGACAACACUGAGUGCUGGAAGCCAAUAGCCCAUUUUAUUGAUUGCCAGUUUGAGCAGUAUUUUCGAGAUGAGAGUGGCUUGGAUCGCAAGAAUAUCCAGGAUGGACGUGUCCACUGCUGUCUCUAUGUCCUAUCACCCUUUGGACAUGGGCUCCGCCCCCUAGACAUUGUAUUCCUCCAAGCCAUCGACGAGAAAGUCAAUAUUGUGCCAGUGAUUGGAAAGGCAGACAGCUUGACUCCAACAGAGGUGCAACGCAAGAAAAAGAAGAUCCGGCAAGAGUUAGAAGAAAAUGGGAUCAAUAUCUACGAGUUUCCCGACUGCGACUCAGAUGAGGACGAAGAGUUCAAAGCUCAGGAUGCUGAGAUGAAGAGGAGCAUCCCCUUCGCUGUAAUUGGAUCCAGUCACGUGGUCAAAGAGUUGAAGGACAAAGUGUUCCGUGGACGGCAAUAUCCUUGGGGGACAGUUGAAGUGGAAAACUCUGCUCACUGUGACUUCCUCAAACUUCGGAACAUGUUGAUUCAAACCCAUAUGCAGGACUUAAAGGAUGUGACCCAGGAAGUUCAUUAUGAAAAUUACCGUGCACAGUGCAUUCAGAGUCUGACUAGACCUGGGGCUCGGGACCGCAGCAGUCGCGCGAAACUGUCACGUCAAAGUGCCACUGAGCUGCCACUCCUACCUCUGGCCGAGACAGAGAAAUUAAUUCGGGAGAAGGACGAGGAGCUCCGCCGGAUGCAAGAAAUGCUACAGAGGAUGCAAGCACAGAUGCUGCAGAGCAAAGGGGAGCAAUGCGACAGCCUCUGAAAUGCAGAGGAGUGCUUUUCCCACACUGCUGUGAGAACCCUGGAAGGGAGAAACUUUGUCUUACUUCCAUGUGGCCAAAGAUCAAAGAGGACCACUGGGUGCGGAAAUGGCAGUGUUAGUGGGUACGCUGUGCAUUGAAGGAAGGAAGAGACUGUCACUAGGGGCAUGGGUUGGGAUCCUGUGGCCCUCUGGAUGUUGCUGGACUACAACUCCCAUCUUCCCUGACCACUGGCCAUCUCGGUUGGGGCUGAUGGGAGUUGGGAGUCCAACAACAUCUAGAGGGCCACAGGUUCAACAUCCCUGGCUUAAGAAAUUGUUGCACUGGAUAACCUGUGUCUCUCAUAUAUAGUCCUUCUUCUUUUCCCCGACAGUGCCAACUCACUGGCAUAGCAUGGCUUCAGUAAGAUGCAACGACUGGUCAAUGAAAAUAAAAUAAAUUUUACAAAGCUUA